AACACCUACCGCUGGUCGCGCAAGACCGUCGGGCACAAGCACUUCUGCGAACCUGUGAACUCGCACGGCUUCCUCACGAAGGUUCCUGUGAACUCGUGGAUGCUUUUCCUGUACUUGAUCAACAACCUCCGCUUGGGGCGCAACCUCAAGGACGUCCAGGACGAGAUGGCCGACCUGUUCGGCAACAUUCACAGGGACACGAUCUCCGUUUGGAAGCAGCUCUACCAGGAAUGCCUGGGGAAAGCGCUGCCUGCGUUGGACGCCCUCAUGGUCGGCGGCAAGAAGGGGGACACCGUGGUCGUCGACGAGACGGUGGCCGGCGUCGAUAAGGCGGACGGAUGGGUGCUCGAAUCCAGGAGCGCGAACAAAGGCGGGGCCACUACGGCGCGCGCAGGGCCGCGCAGGACCACCAAGCUGGUGCGGAAGCAGAUCCUGAAGCGAUUGCCAGCGCGGACGGUCUACAACACCCAGCAAGUGCAGAAGGGCUCCUUCAAGCUCAAGAGCAAGCCGAUGAAGGGGCCGACGAAGGGGCCGAUGAAGAGGCCGAUGAAGAAGCCGAUGAAGAGGGCCCCCCCGCGGAAGAACGUAGCCAUUCGUAAGAGGCCCGCCGCCAACUUGAAGAGCAACGGCCGCUGGCUCUGGAUCGCCGCACUCGCGGGCAACAAGUCCGACGUCUACACGCGCCAGGACCUCAGGAAGAGGGUGGCGCACAAGCUCCCGCCGCGCAAGGCCGACGCCCACAAUGGCGAGCCGCGGGGUCUCGAAGAGAUCAAGGAGGCUUUGGUGAGCCGCGCGCGCAAGAAGUCGAUGGUCGCGUCCGACGGGUGGACCUCAACGCGUUCAGCCCUUGGGAAACUAGGUUUCGAGAGCCCCCCCCCCGCGGUGGUUCGCGAGGGCAACCAGUACAGGGACAAGAAGACUGGAUUCCACACCAACGACGUGGAGUCGGAGAACGCUCGCGCCAAGGGAUGGUCACGCAAGCGUUACGGCCACCUCCACCUGAGCGAGGCAGAGAUGGACGAGUACGUCUUCUACGUCAACGUCGGCGGCGCGAUGGCCAGCGUGAUGCGGGGCCUGGCCGCGUCUAAUGAGGUGCGCAUGUACAUCAGGGAGCACGAGCUGGACAAGACGAUCAACUCGAUCCUCAACGAUGUGCUGAAGAAGAGGCCCGAGGACCCCGUCGGCUACAUGGCCGAGAGGCUCGCCGAGAGCUGCACCUCGGCGCCCGUUUUCGAAGCACUGCGGCCACUACCCCCCAAGGGCGACGGCGUCGACGAGCAGCCGUGCUUCGACGUGGUGGUUUUCUCCCGCGGGGUCCACGCGCGCGUCCACACGCUGAUGCUGGGGGACGCCCUCUUCCAGAGCGGGGACCCUGCCGUCGCCAAGAGCCCGGUCGAGCCAGGCUCGGAGGAUGCUAAGGGCGUGCUUGGCCCAGGGGCCGUCGACCCAGCCCGCGCCGAGGCGGCGCUGGCGGACGGGCUGCUCGUGGCGGCGGUGCUGCAGCGGGCGCUGGCCGCGGAGUGGCAGCGCCUGGCCGCCGUGCAGGGCAGCCGGGGCCUGGCCGCCCUCGAGCUGUGGCCCCGGCUCGCGCUGCCCGUGAUCCACGGCGGCAGCCCCGGGAGCCUGCGCGCCCCGUCCCUGCGCGUCUGCCUGGCGCUGACGCCCUUCGCGGCGCCGGCGCCCGCCGAGCAGGACGAGGGGCACCCCGAGGCGUGCCCGCCGCUCGGCUGGUUCGCGGCCGCGGCUCGGUCGCUGCAGGCCGCGGGGAGGGAGGCCGUGAAGGUGCUGCAGGCGGAGAAGGCGGCCAACUGCGUGGUCGGCGACGUGGCGUUCGCCCCGCCGGGCGGCCUGCUGCAGGCGGCGCAGCUGGCCAAGAGGGCAGCGGAGGCGGCCCUCGGGGCCGAGAAGCUGGCAGAGACGUGCGGGGUUCUGCUCGCCGCCGGAGAGGAGGCGUGGCUCCCCGAGGAGGGCGUCUACGAGGUCGAAGUGGGCAAAAAGCUGACCCUGGAGCAGCUCGUGGACCUCUACUCCGAGCUCGCGGAGGAGGGCUGGGUCCGCACGAUCGUGCAGCCCUUCCGGCAGGAGGACGCGGCGGCUGGCUGCGAGCUGCUUCUGGCGCGGCGGCCAGAGCUGCUGCUGGAGUGCGACUACGGGCCCGGAGAGGCUGCGCCGCGCGCGCCGCCGAAGGGUGCCGCGUUCGGCUGCGUGCUGCACCUCGCCACCUCGGCGUCCCGGACGCUGCGCCGCUACACACAGCUGGCCCCCCUGUGGCAGGACGCCGGCCACGGGUGCGGGAGGUGCGCCCUCGUGGACGGGGCCUGCGGGCCAGCGCCCCCCUCGGUGCUCGACAUGGCGCUCGCGUGCCGGUCGCGGGUGCUGUGCUUCACCUCCGCGAUGGCGGACGAGGCCGUGGCCGCCGUCUCCGCCGGGGCCGACGAGGCGCUCUGCCGCCUCCUCUUCGACGACGCCCCUGAAGGCGAGGCGGCGUGACGGCCAUACGUCCUCGCAGGGCCGGCCGGGCCCCCUGCUGCAUUUGCGCGGCGGUGGGGGCUCGACGGAUGCAGCAGCGGGAUGCCGCGAACUCUCCCCAAUGGCCCCACCUCGACUCCUCCUCGGCCUCCCCCUCACCACCGCCGCCAUCGCCAAGGGUGCCCGCAGGCUCGGCCGGCUCGGCCGCGCCGCGGCCGGUUGCGCUCGGUCCCUUCGGUUUGGCCGGCUGCUGUGCUGCCGCUGCGCCCCCACGCCCGAGGGCCGCUUGCGGCCUUCUCUAUCGGCUUCGGUCGGUUUCGGGUUCACUGUCGGCUCGGUCGGUUUUCGGUGGUGUUGCGCCGCCGUGGACGGCCCCGAUCGCCAUCGGGAGGCUGCCGUGCUCGCUCCCCUCACCGGCCGGGGGGGGGGCCUCCCCGGCAGGGCGCGGGGGAAGCAGCUUUUGGGCGAGCUCCAGCUCCGCCCCGGCGUGGCCCGCGGCAAGGGCGUCC